AAUACUUUGCAAAUUGCAAUUAGGUUGCAGCUGUCGGUUCCGAGUUUCCGACUCCAUACUCUCCAGUCUCCACUUCUCCAAUCUCCAGUCUCACACUCUCACUCUCCCGGUCUCCCCGAGUUCAGACUUCAGAACUUCAGAUCGGUCAUCGGUGGUGGAGGAAUCUCCCGGUCCCCAGUCUCCAGUCUCCAGUCUCACUCUCCUGGUCUCCAGCCACCGAGCUACCUCCUCGGGCCUCGGCUCCUCCGCCAGUCCGCCACCGUCCACUGAGCAACAUCCACGGCUGACGGCUCCACUGCGGACCUGUGGACUGCGGUCUGCAUCUCUGGAUUCCCUGCAUCUACAGCCCAGACAGCCCUGCUCCUUGAACUCUUGAUUCUCGAAGGCAUCAAAUCUUCAAACUUCAAUCCCUGAAGGGCUGAAUCUUAGAUUCUCAGGAUAAAAUACAAUAUUGAAAAUACCCUUUUCGAGUGACGAGAGGGCCAACAAGCCCAAAAGAUACUCCAAACAAGUUGGGCCGGGCAACUUCAUGUUAGUAAUCAAGAAACCCGACUCUUGCUCAACACCAUACGCUAGCCUCUGCUUCCAGAAGCCGUCUUCACUUCGGCCAGGAUUAUCAUCAUACACCACUAAUGAAGGACUCAGGCAGAUGUUUUCACCUUUUGGAGAUGUUACAGAAGCUAGGUUAGUUAUAGAUCGUGAAACUCAAAGGCCAAAAGGUUUUGGUUUUGUGACAUACAAGUCUGUGGUUGAGGCACAGAAGGCUUUGAAGGUCAUGGAUGGCAGGAUGGUUAAUGGGAGGCUACUUUUUGUUGAAGUUGCAGAGACUGAAAGGCAUUCAGAGGAAAUCAGCUCUUGAUGGUCAUUAUGUUGUUCCAUAUGUGUUUAUCUUUGCCACUUGUUUCGAAUUUGGUAGAUUAGUUUGAUUUACUGAAACUCUGAAAGUUCUUUGAACUCUUUGUUCACUUUGAUCUUCUAUAAUAUAACUGAUUUCACAGCAGCAACA